AUGGCUGAAGUGGACAGCUCUAGGAAAACUGUCCUUUCUGCCAGGAGUGCAUUGAAGGCAAGCUUAGAGAACUCAAGAGCUCUUGCUGCAGCAUUGCAUAAAACCGGACAGAGAGUGGAACGCAUUGGACAGAGCCUACCUCGUUUGGAAGCUGCAGUGAGGCCUUCCCCAGCUCAGAAAUGCACAUUUGUGGCGAUUUCAGACCACGUCGAUCGUGCAGUUGGGCCUGCAGAAGCCGUGCUGAAAGUUCAUGGUUCGAUUCAGGAGCUCCAGAAGUCUUUGGUCACAGCAGAUCCAAGUUCUGAUCUAUAUGCUUAUCUUUCCUACCUGAAGCAGCUGGAGGAAGCGCUGAAAUUUCUAGCUAACAACUGCGGGCUAGCAAUUCAGUGGCUGCAGGACAUGCUACAGUUCCUGGAGGACAAUUCGGUUUCCCGUGAGCCGUACAUUUCCAAUGUCAGGAAGUCCUUGAGAAUCCUGCUGGAGUUGCAAGCCACUGAGAGAAGGGCUCGAGUCGAUGGUGGUGUUCUGAUUGAUGCAUUUAGGAGGCUCGAGAGGGAAUUCGAGCAGCUUCUUGUGGCGAAUUCGGUUCCUGUUCCUUUGGCUCUUUGCUCAUCAAAGAAGAAGGCCUUCAUUGCUCCACCAGCUCUGCCUGUGACUGUCAUUGAAAAACUUCAAGCCAUCAGAGAGAGAUUAAGUGCUAACAACAGGCUAUCGUGGAUUACAACAGCAUAUGUCGAGGUCCGGGUUUCAAAUGCCAAGAGCAGUUUGGAAGGGAUUGAUCUGACUUACCUUGUGAAGCAAGUAUCUGGGUCUGAAGAUGUGCAAGAAGUAGAGGGCUGGAUUCAUCAGUGGUCCGAUCACUUGGAGUUGAUUGUGAAGAAUGUCUUCGAGGUUGAAUUCAACCUCAGCAAAGAUGUUUUUUGUAACACCAUAUCAUCAUCGGAUUUCUCAACAGGUUGUUUUACAAAGAUCGCCACAGAGUCUGGAAUCCUGUCAUUCCUUCAGUUUGGAAGAAAGGUGACCGAGUGUAAGAAGGAUCCCAUCAAGCUCUUGAAGCUGCUUGAUAUCUUUGCAGCUCUGGAUAAUCUGAGAGGUGAUUUCAACCGGCUUUUUGGAGGGACAUCCUCCCUCGAUAUCCGAACCCAGACGAGGAGCCUCAUCAAGAGUGUUGUGGAUGGCAUCUGUGAGAUCUUCUGGGAGCUUACAGAUGAUGUUUCAAGGCAAAGACAGAGCUUGCCUCCUUCAAAUGGCAGUGUUCCAAGACUGGUGAGCUUUGUCACAGAGUAUUGCAAUGAAUUGCUUGGAGAUAAGUACAGGCCAUUGCUAGAUAAAGUUGUGAUGAUCCAUCAAAGCUGGAAAAAGGAGAAGUACCACGAUCAACUCCUCACCAGCCAAAUCUGCUGUGUGGUAAAAGAAAUCGGCCUCAACUUGGAUUCAUGGUCGAAAGCACAUGUGGAUGCCACACUAUCUUUCCUCUUCAUGAUGAACAACCACUGCCACUUUAGCAAUCUCAGGGGUACAAAGCUUGGAGAUCUGAUGGGAGAUUCCUGGUUAAAGGCUCAUGAACAGUACAAGGAACAUUUCAUGGCUCUUUACUUGAGAGAAAGCUGGGGGAAGGUGGUUGCCAUUCUUCGCCCAGACAGCAGCCAAGUUUAUUCAUCUCCUGCAAAAGUACCCAACAGUGAUUCUAUCAAAAGAGGGUUCAAAGCAUUCAAUGAGGCGUUUGAUUACAUGUACCAGAAGCAGUCCAGUUGGGUUGUCCCUGACCAGAACUUGAAGCUGAGAAUCUGCAAGCUCUUGGUUCAGUCUUUGGUACCUGUCUACAGAAACUACUUGCAGAACUAUAAACUUCUAAUGGAGGAAAAUUCUAGCUCCAAAAAGCAUAUCAGAUACACAGCACAGGGUCUGGAAACCAUUCUGAGCUCUUUCUUCCAGCAAAAGGUGACAAAAUAUAGGCGCAACAAACAUGCAUACUGGAUUGGCAAGAUCAAAGAUGCGAUGACAGAUAAUUUCAGACCGACAUUGAUGGCUGUCUGA